GUAAGACCUUUGCUGUAAAGAUGCAACACGCACCGACUCCUCCACGCUCUUAUGACAUUGUCCACACCGAGGACACCAAAGCUUUGACAUUCGGAAUCACGUAUACGCCAUGACUCAAGCUGAUUAACUUCUCUCGCUUCUCACUCUAAAUUCCCUGGCUCCCCCAGAUCGAAGCUAAGUUUUUGUUCCUGCCCUUUCAGUUCCGAUUGAGAUUCGAUCCUCAACAUUGGCACUCUCAACGGUCAACUCCCAUCACUUGAAUAACAUCACUCCUUUCCCACACACAUUCACCCUUUAAUUACCCCCUGCUCCCACGCUCAAUCUCAAUCAGCUAGAUUGAGCGUGUCUCUCCACAUACCCAUCACCAACCACACUUCCACAUUUUACCAACCGCCAUCAUGCUUGACGAGGCCGAAGCCAGCAAAGUAUCCCAGGCCAUAAAAGAUGAAGCCAUGCUUCUCUUCGCUCACCUCAUGGAGGCCGGCAAGCAGGAUGAGGAGAAGUCGGCCGAUCUUUCUUCGCUGACAAAACUCCUCAACGAGGAUGGCGAGCGAACCAAGCAGGGCCAAGAGUCCAUUAUCCCCAUCAUCGACGACUAUUGUGUCGACACCAUCUUUGGCUACCUCGACAUGAGGCAGUCCCAGAACAUCAGGCUAAACGCUAUCCUCUGCACAGCAGCCUACCUCGGCGCUGCUAAAGAGGAGGGCCACCGAAGGGUCAAUGGCUUCUUCCACGCCAAGAUGAAGGGUGGCACAUACGACGACUACAUAGUCGCCUUCUGCGCCGCGGCCGCCAUCUUCUCUAUUGACUACGACUUAAUGUCGGACCUAAUCCAUACCGAGGGAUUUCUCCCCAGCCUUGCUCCGCUUAUGAGCCGGAAGUGGAAAAGCCGGAAAAUCGAGACGGCGUGCUUGGAGAUGCUCCAUGCCGCAUGUAUGCAGAUGAAGUGCCAUCCGGCCAUCCAGAAGUAUUGCAUUGGUUGGCUAGAGGAAGUCAUUUUCGAGGACCCUGAAACCCGUGUGGCGAACAUGCGGAAUCUUGUCGAGACGGAUAUCGAUAUUGAUAAAGAAGGGCCCGAACCUCUGAAAGAGCACUGCAGGAAAGUCCGCAGCCUCGCCGGGGUGAUCUGGACCAAGAUUAUGGCAGCCUCCGUUCAACAGGUCGCACCGCCGAACCAGGGCCCCGAACCCAAAGUUGAAUCAGCAGUUGCCAAGAUGGAGCGUCUAUGCAAGAGGUUUGCGGGGAUGCUUGCCGCCGAGGACUCCGAAGAUGUCCAGUAUGCGGUGGAGGGACUGGCAUAUGCGACCACACUGCCAAAGAUCAGAGAGCAAUUGGCACGCGACGGCGAAUCUUUGAAACGCAUCGUCACUGUUAUAGGAUCGGCACCCCCGAAGUCGCCCCUUGCGUACGGCGCUCUCAGUAUCAUCACCCACAUUACCCGAUACAAGCCCACGGAGUCCGAGGAACAAAAGAGGUUAAAGCAGCUGAAGGCGUAUGCUAACGCGGCCGGAAAGGUGCAGCCCAGUCCCUUGAGCGAUGACUCCUAUGUAUCAGAGCGCUGCAAGCUUGUUUUUGAUGCUGGCGUUACACCCGUUCUCGUCAAGCACUGCAAGACCGCCUCUAUCGCGUCUCUUUCUCUCAUCAUCUCUAUCAUCUUUUCCCUCUCUGUCACUCCCUCUCUCCGCGGCCAACUCGCCCAGCAAGGCGCCGUUCGUGUCCUCAUCGCCGCAUGGACCGCCCUCCCCGAGAAGGAAGACGCCACCCGCCGGACCGCCGCCCAAGCACUCGCCCGCAUCCUAAUCUCCACCAACCCGGCCCUCAUCUUCCGCCAGCUCCCACAGACCGCCGCCAUCCGGCCCCUCACAUCCAUCAUCCCCCCGGACCCCAACGCCGACACCCGGGAUCUUCUACCCACCUUCGAAUCGCUCCUGGCACUCACCAACCUCGCCUCCACCGACGACGACAGCGACACCACCCGCCGCGCCAUCGUGCGCACCGCCUGGGACGACGUCGAGGAGCAGCUCUUCAGCACCAACGCGCGCGUCUCCACGGCCGCCGCCGAGCUGGUCUGCAACCUGGUGCAGAGCCCCGAGGAGGCGAUCGGCCUGUUCGGCGACGGCUCCUCCAAGGCGGCCACGCGCGUCAAAGUCAUGCUCGCGCUGGCCGACGCCGACGACGUCAAGACGCGCAGCGCGGCCGGCGGCGCCCUCGCCAGCUUGACCGCGUUCGGGGAGGUCGUCCGUGCCGUGCUGGAGCAGCCGCGCGGUGCGGGGAUCGUGCUGGGCCUGUGCCGGGACGGGGACGACGAGGGGCUGAGGCAUCGCGGCGCGGUGGUGGUGCACAACAUGGUCUCGCAGGAGGGGGAGGUGGGGCAGCUGGCGCGGGAGAAGCUGCUCACUGCGAGCGGGGUGGACGCGCUGACGGAGUGUGCCCAGAAGAGCCGGACUCCGGAGGUGGUGGAGGCGGUGGUGCAUGCUUUGAAGGUGUUGGUUGGGGAGAAAUGAGUUUAUGACGACGUUGAAGUGUUGUGAUUUUCUUUUUUAUGUGUCCGAGGUGUUUCAAGGUUGUUUGUUCAAGAUCUCUAGGGUUCGUGGAUGUAUUCGAGACGUUCGAAAGUCCAAGGUUAGAGAGGAAACACUUAAUGUACGGAUAGUUUCAUCAUGAACUAUUAAUGGUCGCUAAGAAGUGGGAGAGCAACAAUGGAGGCUCACUAGUCUAGGAGUUUCAACCUUAGGUACGUGGGGUUAGAAUUAUCUGGAGCUCUAGAAGUUACAGAGUAUGCGAACCGUCUAUCCAUAU